AUGGACUUGACGUGUGAACAAUUGGCCUCAUUACGACAAAAUCAGGAAAGAUUCAGGAGUCCAGAUAUUUCUCGAAGACCAUUGGGAGGAGAAGCUUUGGCAGCUUACACAGUCAAAAAGUCACGUCGUGCUAAGUCAACGGAACCUACUGCUCUUGAUACCAACGUUUCACUUGUGAAAUGUUCUAACGAAGAGGAAAAAGUAAAGGAAGUUCUAAACGAUGAAAGUAUGGACAAACGGUGGUCCUUAAUAGCCAAAAACUACGAAAAUAUGUCGAAGCAAGAGAUCAUGAAUAACUACAGAUUACUCAUGAGCGAAAAGCUUCGAUUGGAAAGGUUUCUGUCCAUAAUGACCAAGAAUAAUGAGAUGGCUCGCAAUCGCUUGGAAUCCGACCUAUUAGAUGCCAUGAUGUGCAUAGAAGACCUAAAACAAGCUCUUGAGAUUCGUUUGGCACGACGACGAAAAAUUGAUCCUCGAGAAGCUGAGGAAAGAAGGUAUUUGAUUCGUCAAAACAAGAAAUUACUAAACCAGUUAUUUGAAUCAGCAAAGAAAAUUGAAAGACUGGAGGUAACCAAAGUAGAAAUGAAAGAACAACUAGAAUUACUGGAUUUCCAAAUUGUCGAAGUUGAGAAUCAGAAAGCUAUGAUUGAGGAAGAAUUGAGAAAAAUUCCCCCAACUUUACAUGAGGGAACUCAAACCGAGGAAAGUUCCGAUAGCCAUCAGUUGAUAUGUCAAUUAAAAGAACAAUUAAGUCUACUGAGAAGCGAUUUAUCCAAUCAAAAAGCUGAAACAGCAGCUGCUGUUGCUAAACACAUUCAUAUGGAUAAUUUAAUUAAAGAAUUACGCCGUGAUAAUAUUGAAUUACGUGAUCAAUUAUCUCAUGUUGAUGAUGCUGAAAAUUCACUAGCUGAAAGUGAUAAACCGAUAGCUGCUGAUGUUAAACUACUUAAAGCUCAAUUAGCUGAACAGUUAGAACGUGUCAAAGAUUUAGAAGAAAAAUUGAAUUCAUCAAGAUUGUAUUCAGAAAAAUUAGAAUCCCGUGUACAAGACCUUAUAGGAAAAAAUAGCUGUCAUCCAUCUACUGAAUCUGUAUCAUUCGAAAUAGAUCAUUCUGAGCAAAAUACAACUGCUGUACUUCAUUCAAUGGAUGAUACCAAACCGGUUACUGUUUCUCAAUCACAACCACCUCCAUUAAAAACAACAGGAGCACAACCUAAAGUAGAUGAUAUACUUCUUCAACAAACAAUUCAUACAUUUCAGGCACUUUUAGAUGAACGUGAUCAAGAAAUAAGUCAAUUAAAAAAACAUAUUGUACAAAAUCCAUCUAACACUGAGUUAACAUCAGAUAUAAAUCUACCCAAAUUAUACGAAUCAUCAAUUCAAACAGAAUUAAAUAAUGAACAAAUGGAAAAACUAUCAAAUUUAAAAGAUACUUUAAAUUCAGGUGGUCAGUUAUUGACUAGUGAACAGUAUGAAACAUUGAACAAUGAAUUAAAUGAAACAUUGAAAACACUAACAAACAACCCUGAUAAUCGUAACAUACCAUCGUCUGAACAACUAUCAUCAUCUACAAAUGAAAAAGAAAAGUCAACUCAGAACUAUGGUGAUCUAAUUCAAACAGUGAAUAAAUUAAGAAAAGCAUCUGAAACUAUUAAACCAAUGUCAACUUCAUCAGAGUUAAAACCAAGUGAUAUCGUUGAUCAGGCGAAUCCGAAUACAAAUAAUGUUGAUCAAAAGCUGGUAGAAAAUUUACGUUGUCAAAUUGAAAGCUUGAAACAAGAAAUAAAAAGAUUACAACGUGGUGCAUCUACAGCUGAAGAACGAACUGUUAAUGGAAAUACUGGUGAAUUUCAUACAUCACACAGUUCUCCAAGUCAUUUUUAUUCAAUGGAUCCGUAUGGAAGUGUGGAUAAACAAAAUGAAGAAAAAUCUUAUUCAUUACAUAAUCCAUCAUACUACAGCACUCAGUUGCAAGAACUACGUCAAACUGGUGACUUAGAGUUAGUUCGCGCACACCUUAGUUUGUCUGAACGACGUCGACGUGAGCUUGAAAGACGUAUAACCGAACUAACUGAUGAGUUAGCACGUUCUCGUGCAGAAGCCCGUUCCGCGGAAACUAGUCUUUCUGCUGCUCGUCGAACUGAAGCUGCACUAAGAAGACGUCUUCUUGUUGCUAUGGAUUCUCGAGGUUCACCUAAUGGAAAUUAUGAAAUGAAUAUAUCACGAAAUUCACAUGAAUUCUCUUCUAACGAAAGUUCAGAAAUGAUGAAUGCUUUGGAGUUACAAGCAGAUAUUAUUAAACUUCAAGCCACUAAUGCUUCUCUAACGGAAGCUGCUUUACUUGAUCGAACAAGAUUGCAUGAUCAAGCUAUGCGUAUAGACCAGUUGGAAUCAGAGCAUAAAGCUUUGCUUGAUCGAGUUUCAUGUCUUCAGGCAGCUGAAACUGGUGCACAACGUGGUAUUGUACGUUUACAAGCUCUUUAUGAAGAUAUGCUACGUGAAUACUCAGAGUCCAAACCAUUAGAACUAUCUAACGUUCGUGGACGUCAUCAUCAGAGAAGCAGCUCUCGUAAUUCUAGAAAUAAUGAUUUUAUUACAGAUGCUAAUUAUAAUGAUAAAUAUCGUGCUACAUCACGAAAUAAUGACAACUCUGGGGAAAUCGUCACUGCAUCAUCUACAACAAUUCCAGUUGGUUCAUGCAAUUCACCAGUUUGUAUUGCUGUACGUAAUCUCCUGAAAGCAUUUCAAGAUCGUUAUAGUGAUUUAAUGGAUCAAUUUAUACAAAUUCAACAUAAUCCAACAUUAACAAAUGGUCAUUUCAAUGAAAUGAAUAUUAUUAAUAAUAAUACUCAUGAUAAUAACAAUAGUAUAAUUCUAAGAAAAUCUUCACAAACUUCAGCAUUCAUUAAAGAAUUAUAUACUCAACUGAAUAAUAUUUCAAAUUUAUUAAAUGAAAAUAAUCAUCAAAUGAUUCAAAAUUAUGAAUUAAGUGAACAUAUUCAAUUGUGUAUACGAUUGAUUAAUUCAUUAGAUAAUUGGAUUAAUUCUUGUUUAACACAAAAUGAUAUGGAAAUUGCACAUCUUCGUUUGUUAAUUAUGAAUUUACAAUUACGUAAUAAUAAUUCAACUGGUAUAGAACAAAAUACAACAAUAUUUACUUCAUCAAUAAAUAGUCCUGGUAGUAACGAUAAUAAUGAGCAAAAUAAACAAACUUUUUCAUGUUCAAUCAGUAUAAACAAAAAGCAGGACCCUAGUAAGUUUCUACUUAAUGAACAAGACUCAACUACAAUUAACGUCUAUGAUGCAAACCACUUAGAAUUCGUUGAUUCUGGCAGUGUUUUCGAAUUAAGAAAAAAGUAA